CGGAGUCACCACACCUGAGUGACGUCAGGCUAAUUGGCCCCGUCGGAGGAGUGUCUUCAUGUACUUCCUGUUUGUGAGCAGGUGAGACACACCUGAGGGUCAGAGAAACAACAGAGCACACAGAGCACUUUAUACUGACUGCUUUUUGAACGAUUUCGCUUUUAUUAACAGCUGAACGAACAAAAAAAUCGCUUCCCGCUCUUCUGUCGACGCGUGAAUCUUUAGAGCGAAGCGGUGCGACGCGUCUGGAGGCUGAAAACCCACACUGACUUUGAAAAUGCCUCCCCCCUCCUCUUCCUCCCUCUUCCUCCCUCUCCUCCUCCUCGUCCUCCUCCAUCCCCUGCGGACCACCGGAGAGACAGAGGACGCGCAUUGCAGCGAGACCUUCCGCUCCGCUCAGGAGAACUUCGUGCUGGACGCGGAGGACGCGGUGAAGGAAGGAGCGGCUCUGCUGGCCACCGCGCAUGUGCGCUCCGCGGAGGACUGUGAGCGCUUGUGCUGUGACGACCCACGCUGCAACCUGGUGCUGCUGGAGCCGCGCGGCACCGGAGCGGCAGCGGCCGACAACCACACCUGCGUCCUGUUCAGCUGCGUCCACAGAAAUCGGUUCGUGUGCCGGUUCGUGAACCUGGCCGGAUACCAGAGCUACAUCAAAGAGUCUGUGUUCCUGAAACAUCUGCAGGGACCGCAGGGAGCAGACGAGCAGGCCCCGCCCAUCGCCAUCGCAGGUCGUGAUGCCGUCGUUCAGCCCGGAGAGACGGUGACGCUCAACGGCAUCCAGAGCCUGGCGCUCGGCAACGCCCACAUCACAGACUACCAGUGGACCCUGCAGAGCAGAGCUGAUGGCGUCAAGAUGGAGAAGACGGAGCUACCUGACCAGGUGCGACUCUCCAACCUGGAGCCCGGCUCGUACGUCUUCCAGCUGACCGUCACCGACUCCAACGGCCGAUCACACGCUGACACAGUCACCGUCCUCGUCCUCAGCCCAGAGAUGUCCAGCUUGUUCUGUCGGGCUCCGGAGAAGGUCGGUCCGUGUCGCGCUGCAUUUCCUCGCUGGCGUUACGACGCCGCGACGGGCGACUGCAAGCAGUUUGUGUUCGGAGGCUGUAAACCAAACUUAAACAACUUCCUGUCCAAGGGCGAGUGCUUGUCUGCUUGCAGAGGAGUCACAGUGUCUUCAGAGAGGAGCCUCGCUCUGCCUGCUGCUGAGGUGUGUGGCUCACAAUGUCCUUCCAAUCAGCUGAUCUGUGGAAAUGGCUGCUGUCUGGACAGAACUCUGGAGUGUGAUGGUCUGAAGCACUGCAGCGACGGAUCAGACGAGGAGCUCUGCAGCCAACUGAACCAGACCUUCACCCGCCUGCUGAACAUCGACGUGAACCAGAGAAAAGCAGCUCGGUGCACAGAGCCCCCUCACACCGGACCGUGCCGGGCGAGUCACACCCGCUGGUACUACGACCCCAUGAACAGGAAGUGCUCUCGUUUCACCUAUGGCGGCUGUGACGCAAACGGGAACAACUUUGAGAAAGAAAACAAAUGCAGCGAGACCUGCGAUGGAGUGACUGAGCGUAACGUCUUUUUCAGAGGGAUGUUUGACCGUUUUGACAAACAAGAAGAAAGUGACUCCAGUAACAUAGCACUGGCAGUUCUCCUGACGGUGGCCAUUUUGGCUCUGUUGGCGAUCCUUGCCUACUGCUUCCUGAAGUCCAAAAAGAAGCACGCCCAUAGGCCUGUGGCCACAAGCCCCGCCCAUGUGGCGCUGUCAGAGGGGGACACGCUUGUUUACAACAGCACCACCAAACCGGCAUGAAAUCACCACGGCGACACCACCAGCUGCUGUUCUGCGGUUUCUCUCAUUAACAUUUUUGAAGAGAAAAUGACACAAAAAUGUGUUCAGUUUUCUGUUCACUUUUGGCAGAAUUUCAACAACUUGUUUAUGCUCUGACUUUUCAUUUAGCGCCAUCAUCAGAUCAACAUUUUAAUGUGUUCAACACUCGGGUUUAUGAAUAAACAGCUACAGAGGUAAUGACGUUCACAUCAGCCUCAGCUGCUCUUUGUGUUUACUGCUAAUUAGCCAGCAUGCUAACCUAAUGGUGACCACAGUAAAACAUUAGCUAAACAUGCUGAUGUUAGCAUGUUGCUCCAGGGUGGCUUCACAUAUUUCACCUUCCUGUUUUCCUCCAUUUCCUUCUGGUUUUCUGUUGUUGUUUUCCUCCAUAAAGAAGCGUCAGUGGCAUCACUUUGGUUUGUUUGGUGAAUGAAUCACGUUCACUUGCACAUGUUUUUACAGUGUGUCGGGUUUCUGUUCUAAUCUGUUUGAUAUCAGGUUGUGUUUAAUAUAUUUAUGAAUUUUUCUCAUUCAGAUUUAAAAUGCGAAAACUGUUUUCAGCCGUUUGACUGUAAAUAUGAAGUUAUGUGUGUUGUUUAAUUAGUUUAACACAUUUUUAAUCUCCACUUUGUCAAUAAAGUCAUGCUGGAACAAGAA